AUGUUCCGUGUGGCAGCCUUCACGAUCGUUUGCGCGUUUGCCGCUGCACAAAGCAAUUUCACUAACGUAGACAAAAAUUUAUUACGCAAACUAUCCACCUUAGUAAACGCCAAUAAAACAAUCGACAGACGAACCCUAUUGGCUUUCAAUAAAACUUUUAGCGAUGAAUUAGCUGCAAAACUCGGUAGCUUAGUAGAUUUAGAUAAACUUAACAUUAAGAAUAAAAGCGCAGAUAAUAAGACUGAUGAUGAUACGGAACCGUAUGAUGUGUAUGAGAUGCCAGGCAGGACGAAACCGUCUAUAGCUCAUGUAGAAGAAUCACCAGAUUAUGCAUCGUCUGUGGUUCUAGCGAGCGAUUUGCUCUCAUUGACAUCGGCUGUUUCAAAUAUAAAAGAAGAAGAAUGCAGAAAACAGGGUUUGAAAUUUUUGGAUGGAUUACUGGAGAACAAAAGAUGGGCUUUGAAAAUGUUCGACGCCUCUUCGAAGUCUCCCCAAGGUUUGCUGUUCGGGUCAUCUUACCAUCUCGGUAAUUUCGAUGAGUGUGUCGACACAAAGAGUAAAGAGGAUGGAGUGGACAUUGAGGGACAGUAUUGUUUAGCUACAAUCAGGUGGCCUCAGGCGGAAAAUCAAAAGGUCCGCACUGGCCGUGGAGAGACCCUUCGCUGGGCGGUAUGCGUACCUAAUGCGUGCGACGCGCGAUCAGUCCAAGACUUUGUCAGUGGCGUCAUCUCGCGGACAGUUGGCAACACAACAACUGUUGCUGUCACCAGUCGGGAUUGUUUCGCCAGGGAACCGUUAACAGUCUCUACAAAAGACAUGGUUUACUUAGCAGUAAUUCUGUUUUUCGUUGCUAUUUUUCUGAUGAGCACCCUCUACGAGGUCUACUCCUUGAGUUGUGGUAGCAAUAAACAGACUAUCACUCACGAGCUGAUUAUCGCUUUUUCCGCCAUCCAUAACAUAAAGAAAAUUAUCUCAACUAAGCAGAAUACGAGUCUCGGUCUAGAGUGUAUCGCUGGCAUUAAAGCUUUGGCCAUGAUUUUCAUUUUGGCUGGCCAUUCUAGUCUAUUUGUUGGUGCUGGCCCUGUAAUGGAUGCAUCAGGCUGGGAUAAUCUCAUCCGAAGCCCGUUAUUGAGUUUGAUAACAAACAGCAUGCUCUUGGUGGACACCUUUCUUAUGAUCAGCGCGUUUCUCUUUUGCCGGCUCCUUCUCAUUGAACUGGACAAAAAGGGUGGAAAGCUCAACGUAUUGCCUAUCCUAAUAUUUCGAUAUAUCCGACUCACCCCGGCGUAUUUGGCUGUAUUGUUUUUCUAUAUGACAUGGUUUCCAAAAAUUGGAGAAGGUCCGCUAUGGAAAGAUAAAAUCUUAUUGGAGAAGGAGCGAUGUGAAAAAUCUUGGUGGACUAAUAUUUUGUAUGUCAAUAAUUAUGUCGACACUGAAAAUAUGUGCAUGUUCCAAUCAUGGUAUCUUUCGGUGGACACCCAACUGUUCUUCCUUGCACCUAUAUUCAUAUAUAGUCUUUGGAGGUGGAGAAGAGUUGGCCCAAGCAUUCUUGGUGUUACACUUUUCAUAGGUACCAUAGUUCCAGCCAUAAUAACUUAUAAGGACAACUUGGAUCCGACUCUACUUGUUUAUGCUAAGGAGCUAUAUGACAUCAUUUCGAAUUACUACUUCAAUGUAGCCUAUAUAAAGACUCAUAUGAAAAUGCCGUCUUACUUCUUGGGGCUGCUAACGGGAUAUCUCUUACAUCGGAUACAGAAAGAAAAUUACGAAUUGUCCCGAACGGUCAAGACUCUUGGUUGGAUAGUAUCAGUCAUUCUGGGCUCGAUGACAAUCUUCACUGUCAGCAUAUUCUACCAGGACUGGUACAUUUACAACAGGAUAGAGUCAGCUGCCUACACCUCACUGCCUCGACUUGCGUGGGGCUUGUCUAAUGGCUGGCUAAUAAUCGCGUGUGCCACUGGAAACGGAGGUAUCAUGACAAAACUUUUCACUUGGAAAUUCUUGGUUCCAUUCUCGAGAUUGACCUAUUGCGCUUACCUGGUAAACGGUAUCGUUGAGUUGUUUGCUGUUGGACAACUGAGACAUCCAUUGCAUGUGGAUAUAGUUAAUAUGACGUUUACGUGUGUAGCUCAUAUAAUUAUCACAUUCACCCUAGGAAUGCUAUUAUGUAUAAUUUUCGAGUCACCUAUACAUGGGAUCGAAAAAGUUCUUCUGAGAAUGUUCGCUCAGCCGGUUUUGAGUGACAAUGCUGUAAAAAAUAAAUCCACAGAAUCAUUCAGAAACAGUAGACAAUCUAGACUUGAGUCAUAG